UUUCCCUAAGCAACUCAGGACUGAACUAUACUUUAGUUCCUCAGUUCUCUGUUUUUGCGGAGACAGAAACACAGCUCUGGUUUUUUUUGUUUUUUUUUUUUUUAAGUAUUACUGACAGAGUUAAGAAACCUUUUUACCUCCACCAUGUAUAAUCAUGGAGUAGCAUUAACAAGUGGAAGAUGUAAUAAAUUAGACAACUCUUCACUUUAGAGAGAGAAGAUGGAUACACCCCUGCUUUUCUUUUCUCAAUUAAAUAUGUGCGAACCAAAAGAAAAAACUUUUUUCAAGUUAAUUCAUGGUUCAGGAAAAGAAGAAACAAGCAAAGAAGCCAGAAUCAGAGAUAAGGAAAAAAGAAACAGGCUAAGUCUUCUCCUGCAGAAACCUGAGUUUCACGAUGAUACUCCCUCCAGUAGUUCUGAACACCUGGCCAAAAAAACAAGAAUCUCCCCUGAAGAAGCAAUGAUAUGGGGUGAAUCAUUUGACAAACUGCUUUCCCAGAAAGAUGGACUGGAGACUUUUACCCGAUUUCUUAAGACCGAAUUCAGUGAUGAGAACAUUGCAUUUUGGAUAGCCUGUGAAGAUUACAAGAAAAGCAAGGACCCUCAACAAAUAAUUCGGAAAGCGAAAGCAAUAUAUGAGACGUUUAUACAGACCGAUGCUCCACAAGAGGUUAACCUUGAUUUUCACACCAAAGAAAUCCUCGCCAAGAGCAUCACGCAGCCUACCCUCCACAGCUUUGAUGCUGCGCAGAGCAGAGUGUAUCAGCUCAUGGAACAAGACAGUUACACACGUUUUCUGAAAUCCGACAUCUAUUUAGACUUGAUAGAAGGAAGACCUCGGAGACGAACAAAUCUGAGAAGGCGAUCACGUUCCUUUACUUACAAUGAAUUCCAGGAUGUAAAGUCAGAUGUUGCCAUUUGGUUAUAAAGAGAAUUAGGUCUGCGUGUUUUGCUGGGCAAGCCUGCACAUCUGCUCCUAAGAUACAGCGUGUUUAUGUUAAUAAAUAGGGACGGGACAGCUUUUAAAGUACGUCAUUUGAGAUGAUUUUAAAAAUGUAAACCAAAAUGUGUGUUCUAAUAAGAUACACUGUAUCUGCUAAUAGAGUCUGUAAAAGCUUCCGUCUGAUUUCAUUUCAUUCAUAGUCAGAAAAACACACUGCUUAAUGGAAAGGCAGGAAAGAAGUUAAUAACAAUGUUGUAUAAAAUUGUAAAGUUAAAAGUUAAGAUUUUGCAAAAUUGUCAACAGUUUGGUCAAACCGCGAGUUUGGGGUUUUUUUGUUUUUUUUUCUAGAUGUAAGCCAUAGAAUGCUCAGAUAUAUGUAUAUUCGGACAUUUUCUAUAAGGCUGACGCUUCUUUCUGGCUCAGUUAUAGAGCAUGUGGAAGUGACCAGUUCCUACAAUGGGAGGGGACAGGCACUGGUUCUUGGAUUGCUAACCUGGGCUCGAGAAGAGUAAGCUCUCACUUCUAGGGAUACAGCUAGCCAAAGGAGCAUUUGGGAUACGUUCAGCUCGACAGAACUUCCAGCCCAGGCAGAACCUGGGUUGAUGACAGAAUGGGCUCCACAUUUGGGCUCCUUCCGAAGUGACCAUGGACUUACCCAGCUCCAGGGAGCCUCCUCUGCCGGUCACAGAGACAUAACCAGAUGAUGCAUUGGCUCCAGGUUGGGAGACUGACUGGAGCAUCUUCCCAUCUGGGGGGAGAACUUGCAGCUAAACGAGUGGGCAGUCAGUCAUUUGAACGAUGACCAGAGGAGGUUUAUUCCCGGAGUAACGAGCCUUCUUGUUAGGAAUGAGAGGAAAUAAAGAAGCAGUGCCCUGGAGACUCAGGCACCUGCCCCAUCGGCUCAAAUUCAGAAAGUUGCUCCUCCACUGAUCUCACUGGAUCACUUAAUACUAUGUUAUUCAAAUAAGAUACAUGUCUCUACUAACAAGUAUAUAUCUCUGCUUUUAGGGAACUCUUUAUUAUUAGAUGUAUGUUGCAUGGCUGGUAAAUGUCUGUAUUGAAAGAUGCCAUACAUUUGGCUUCAGCAAAUGUUACUUUAGUUGAAAUGUAAAACAUAAAACUGUAGAUCCCCUAUCGUAAUAAAUAUUUUUAAUUUC